CAGGAGGCUGCACUGCACAGACUCCCGGUCCCUGCCGAGCUGUCCAGGCAGCAGCCUGAGUCUUAGAGCUCCGGAGCCGCGCCGCUCAGGAGCAACCCCAUGGCAGAGCAGCUGGCCUUGGUGAUAGGAUGCAUCAUUGGGGGGCUGCUGCUGCUGAUCGGAGUCAGCUGCUGUCUGUGGAAGAGGCUUUGUACCACCUUCACCUAUGAGGAACUGCCAGAGACAGCAGACCCGGCCACCAGCUCUUCCUGCAGCAAAAAAGAGGACAGGCCCUGCCGGUAUGCUGGAAUCCCGUCUGUCAGGCUACCAAGUGUACCUUUUGUGGUACCCCCUUCUCACCAAGGCCGAGACUGGGUACGCCUACAUGGUGGUGAUUGGGCUGUGGCCCCACAGGACCCCUGCCCUGUCCCAGAGCACAUAACCUGCACCUCGAGUCCUGCCGCCGGCCAGACCUCCCUCCCCUUGUGUGUAAUGGGGAGCAUCAACCCCGAGCUGUACAAGUCCUCAGAGGACGCGAGUGAGGCGGGCUUCCCCGAUGGCUGCCUGGGCCGGCUGUGGUUCUCCGUGGAGUACCAGCAGGAGUCCGAGCGGCUGCUGGUGGACCUGAUCAAGGCCCAGCAACUCCAAGUUCCCUCUGAGACCUGCAGCACGCUGGUGAAGCUCCACCUGCUGCCUGACAAGCGGCGUUUCCUUCAGUCCAAGGUCAAACGCAAAACUUGCAACCCACAGUUUGAUGAGAGCUUCAUCUUUCAGGUAUCCAGCAAAAGUGUUGCCCAGAGGGUGCUGAAGUUCUCCGUGUACCACGUAAACAAACAGAGGAAGCACCAGCUCCUGGGCCAGGUGCUGUUCCCACUGAAGAAUGAGACCCUGGCAGGGGACCGCCACCGUGUCAUCUGGAGAGACCUGGAAGCUGAGAACCUGGAGCCCCUCUCGGAGUUUGGUGAUCUCCAGUUCUGCCUCAGCUACAACGACUACCUGAGCCGCCUGACUGUGGUCGUGCUCCGGGCCAAGGGUCUCCAGCUCCAGGAAGACAGGGGUGUUGUCAGCGUGUUUGUCAAGGUGUCUCUGAUGAAUCACAACAAAUUCGUCAAGUGCAAGAGGACUUCGGCUGUACUGGGCUCCAUCAACCCCGUGUACAAUGAAACCUUCAGCUUCAAGGCUGACGCCAACGAGCUGGACACCGCCAGCCUUAGCCUGGUGGUGCUGCAGAUCACAGAAGGGGACAAGAGCUACCCACUGGGCCGAGUGGUAGUGGGCCCCUACAUGUACACCCGUGGCAAAGAGCUUGAGCACUGGAAUGAGAUGCUCCGCAAACCAAAGGAGCUGGUGAAGCGCUGGCACGCGCUCUGCUGCCCCAUGGAGCCCUGAGCCAUCCGUCGUGCCCCCACGCGUGCGACACAACACCGUGGA